GCAGAAGCUGUAAGCAUGAACGUGCCAUCGCAGAUCGCCUUCUUUUUCCUUUGUCUCCUGGUGCUGUCCGGAGCCUCAUGUCCGGAGGAGGAGGACUUGUACCCUUGCGAAUGUGAGGAAGAGGAAGACGGAGUGGUUCUCAAUUGCUUCGGGGAUGCCAUCACACCAGCGGACGUCCAGAGGGCUCUCGAUCUGAUGCGAGGGGUGCGCAUGGAGGCUGUGGAACUGUAUGAUAUCCCCGAUAUGGGAACACUGAGGGGAGACCUAUUUGAAGGUCAAAACAUUCGCAAAUUAGAGAUCAACCACUGCGACGUGGAAGCAUUGACGGACGGAGGAAAACCGGCCUUUUCUGGACUGGAAAACAGCCUGGAGGAACUAGAAAUCAUUUCCAGUCUGGAAAGUGCAUCCUCGCUGCAAUUGAGCCAUUUACGGAGGCUUACAGAAUUAGACUUGUCCUACAACCAACUGGACGAAUUGAAAGCAAAUUGUUUCCCCUCUUCCUUAGAGUACUUGAUUGUUUCUAACAAUGGAAUCAAGAACUUAGAUGAUCGCGUGUUUGCUAAUCUAGACAAUUUGCGCACCCUAUGGUUGGAUGGAAACGUGCUUAAGACAUACGAACGGGCCUGGUUGCCUGAAACCCUUAAUGAGUUGCAUGAUCUAGAGCUCGACAAUAACCAUCUGACUAGUCUACCUCAAGAUGCCUUCUCAAACAUGCCUUCACUCAGGACUGUGUCUCUUCGGACGAAUGGUAUUAGAACAAUGGAACAAGGAACUUGGGAAGGAGUGUUUCAGCAAUUGAGUAUAAUCUCCAUGGAAGGAAACCCAUUGGUGUGUGACUCUGACAUGAAAUGGAUGAAGCAAACAGACAUUCAGUUAGACAUUCUUUGGGGUACGUGCCAUGAGCCCGAAGACCUGGCCGGGGUGGAUAUCAGUGAUUGGCUAGACAAUCUUCAAGAAUGAAGGAACUGGACUUGAACGAGAACAGUACUUGUACCAGUAUAAUCCAACAUUGUGUAAUUGUUUUUCUAAUAAAGACAUGUUUUCUGACUGUC